CAUUUCUAUGCUUUCCUUUACUUGGGUCCACUUCUUUCCUUUUCUUUCUUAACUCUGCUCCUCUCAUUCCUGCACUGCUUGUUUUACAAAGCUUUCAAAAAGCUAUUCUUGACGGGCUUUGAGAAAUUGUUGUCAACGCGUGACCCAAAUAGGUCCAAUAUCAACUCCUCUUAUUCCAGACAACCCAACAACAGCGGCAAUGGACCAUGAGCCAAUAAGUCCUUCUUCAACAGCUCCGAUAUUUGAAGGCCGGAUAGGGAAACAUACUACAAACAGUGGCAUGGGUAUAGGUUCUGAUUCUGGUUCUGGUACUGGAUCAGGGCCAGGGCUAGGCACAAGAUCAGGCAUAAGAUCAGGCACAGUAUCAACAGCUCCAUCUCGUCGAUCAGUCCACAUCUCUAUUCCAGAUAGUGAUCGGAACAACAAUAACGAUAAUGACGGCGACGCUUGCUCUGUGUCUUCAGUACCUUCCCAUUCAACCUAUUCAUCUUCUUGCUCUUGCUCUGCUAUUUCUUCUAUCAAAAACUCGAAUAGUCGUCACUCCAUCUGCAAAAAGAGUAUGAAUGGAGAAGAAGAAGAUGAUAUUGAUGAUAAUGAAGACGAAAUGGAUUCAGUCAUGAGUGCAAGGCAACUCUUUUGGACCUAUGUCACCCUCGCACCCAUUCUGCUUACCAUCUGGGCCAUUUUCGCAACGCUCUUAAUAAUACUUCCUUCAGCUGAUAAUGAAACCAGCAUUCGAUGGGAUCAAUUGGGCGCAGGUGUGAUAGGUUGGGUCAUCGCAUUCGGUUCCAGGAGACCCAUCUAUGCAACCUUUGAACAUCUCUUCCAUAUCCAUCCAUCUCAUUGUGAAUGGUCAACUUUGUUUUCCGCUGGAGUUCUCGAGGAAGUCGUUCGUUUAGUCUUCAUCCUCCUCCUUAUUGGGGUCGGGAAUAGUAAAGAUUUUGGAGCUGUCUAUUGGUUAGGACUUGGCUGGGCAGGAGUUGAAACUUUCUAUUAUAUUGGGCAGUCAUUGUAUUACUCUUGGUCCCUUUCUGAUGAUGACUAUCGUGCUGUGGUUACUACUGCUACUGCUACUGCUACUGCUACUACUACUGCAUUUAUGACAGCUUCAGAGAGAUCACCAAUCAUCCGUCACAACAACAGCGCUAAUAAUGCAGAGGAGUAUGGUGGUGUUACCAAAAGUACACAACAACAAGAACAACAACUUUAUAAUGAUCUGGAUACGUUGGAUUCACAGAGUAAUGAAGAGGUUAUCUCUACUACCCGUGAAGUGAGACACCUUCUUGGCAUUGAUCGGCCCUGGUGGAGUUUGAUGGGACGGACAUCGAGCAUGAUGGUCCAUAUCGGUUUGUCUUGUUGGUUAGGCCAUUCAGGAUGGAGACUAUUAGCUCCUGCUGCCAUUAUCCAUGGAAUACUCUAUGUCGUCUGGGGCGUUGUUAUGCCUGACCAUUGGAGUGUCCCUGCAACAUCCUAUGGGACAUUGAUGGCUGCCAUGACCGUCUUCCUCAUUGGAUUAGCGUUCUAUGGAGAAAUUGUUUAA